GAUAAGACCAGCUGGAGGGAGUCCGUUUAGGGUGGUGUUCCCAAGUGUCCUUAAAUCAGGAGUAGCACACAGGGCCAGGGGCUUAGUUCUGGGACGGACGUAAGGGCGCACGGGGCUUCACCCAGCGGUCCUCACUCUAGCGCGCCCCCACUUCCCCGCGCUGAAUCCCCUAGCGAGGCGCGCGCGGCGCGUGCGUGACGUCAUAGCGAGGCGCCGCGCGCGUCCGGAGGGAGCCGUGACCUCCCCGGCGAGGGGACCCGCGAGGCGAUGCUGCAGUUAGUCCGGGCCGGAGCGCGGGCCUGGCUUCGGGCCUCGGGCUGCAGGGGCCUGAGCUCGCUGGCGGAGGAGGCAGUGAGGCCGGUGAAGGAGCCGGAGCCGGAGCGCAGCGCGGGUGUCCAGGAGCCUGUGCUACGCCGCUGCGAACUCCCGCUCCCCGCGCACCGGCGCCCGGUGCAGGCCUGGGUCGAGUCCCUGCGGGGCUACGAGCAGGCGCGCGUGGGCCUGGCCGAGCUGCACCCUGACGUCUUCGCCACGGAGCCCCGGCUGGACAUCCUGCACCAGGUGGCCAUCUGGCAGAAGAACUUCAAGAGAAUCAGCCACGCGAAGACCAAGACCAGGGCUGAGGUGCGGGGCGGCGGCCGGAAGCCCUGGCAGCAGAAAGGCAGCGGGCGGGCGCGGCACGGCAGCAUCCGCUCCCCGAUCUGGCGUGGCGGGGGCAUCGCACACGGCCCCCGGGGCCCCACGAGCUACUACUACAUGCUGCCCAUGAAGGUGCGCGUGCUGGGGCUCAAGGUGGCGCUGACGGUGAAGCUGGCGCAGGACGACCUGCACAUCGUAGACUCCCUGGAGAUGCCCACCGCAGACCCCCAGUACCUGACAGAGCUGGCCCGCUACCGCCGCUGGGGCGACUCCGUGCUGCUCGUGGACCUGACACACGAGGAGAUGCCGCAGAACGUCGUGGAAGCCGCCAGCAGGCUCAAGACCAUCAACCUGAUCCCAGCCGUGGGCCUGAACGUGCACAGCAUGCUCAAGCACCACGGCCUGGUCCUCACGCUGCCCACCGUCGCCUUCCUGGAGAAGAAGCUGCUCUGGCAGGACUCGCGCUACACGCCGCUCUACCCCUUCCGCCUGCCCUACCGCGACAUCCCCUGACCUGCGGCGCAGACUUCAGCCCGGAUGAGAUCCCGACCUGGCUCUCCCUGGUUGUGUUUAAAAUAAAGUUUAUUUUAAUUAAUUA